GACAAGUCAUUCUGCUGACUUCUCCCAGCCCAGCUGUUUAAAACACAGCAUGCACACGCAGGAGUAAGCUGAAGGUACAGCUGAAGAUCUAUAGACUUAGAGAAGAUUUGAAACCAUGGCAAGCCUGUGUGCAGCAAAUACCACUUUUGCCCUGGACCUCUUAAGAAAGCUGUGUGAGAAGAAAAGUGGUCAGAAUCUAUUCUUUUCCCCUUUUAGUAUUUCUUCUGCUUUGUCUAUGGUUUUGCUGGGUUCAAAAGGUAACACCGAAGCCCAGAUAACAAAGGUGCUUUCUCUGAACAAAGCUGAGGAUGCUCACAAUGGGUAUCAAUCCCUUCUCUCUGAAAUUAACGAUCCAAACACCAAAUACAUCCUGAGAACUGCAAACCGGCUUUAUGGGGAAAAGACGUUUGAGUUUCUCCCAUCAUUUCUAGAGUCGAGUCAGAAAUCCUACCACGCUGGACUGGAACCGACUGACUUCAUGAACGCUUGGGAGGAUUCCAGAAAACAAAUCAAUGGCUGGGUAGAGGAAAGGACUGAAGGUAAAAUUCAGAACCUGUUGGCGGAGGGGGUUCUUGAUUCCCUGACCAGACUUGUGUUGGUGAAUGCCAUCUAUUUCAAAGGCAACUGGGAAAAGCAGUUCAACAAAGUGGGAACGGCAGAAAGGCCAUUUCAUAUUAACAAGAAUGAGACCAAGCCUGUGCAGAUGAUGUUCAAGACAGACAUAUUUAACAUGACCUAUAUUGGAGACUUGCAGACCAAAAUCCUUGAGCUGCCCUAUGUCGGUAAUGAACUCAGCAUGAUCAUCCUGCUCCCUGAUGCAAUCCAGGAUGGAUCCACGGGCUUGGAAAGACUGGAAAGAGAACUUACAUAUGAGAAGCUGAGAGACUGGAUCAGUCCUGAAAUGAUGUACUCUACAGAGGUGAGGGUGUCUUUACCCAGAUUUAAACUGGAAGAAGAUUAUAAUCUGAAACCCAUUCUGAGCUGCAUGGGAAUGCCUGAUGCAUUUGACUCGGGGAAGGCAGACUUCUCGGGAAUGUCAUCUGGCAAUGAGCUGGUGCUCUCUGAAGUGGUUCACAAGUCCUUUGUGGAAGUCAACGAAGAAGGCACUGAAGCAGCUGCUGCCACAGCGGCAAUAAUGAUGUUCACGACCAGUGUAAGGAUCAUUCCGGAUUUCACUGCUGAUCAUCCCUUCCUCUUCUUCAUCCGGCACAACAAAUCUUCCAGCAUUUUGUUCUGUGGCAGGUUUUGCUCUCCCUGAAGAGGAGUUGUCUUGGCAGGAUAGGGGCCAUUACACAAUAAAGAUUUCUCUAGAACAGGGUGACUCCUUUUGCACUAAUUGCCUCUUUGAGCUGUGCCUGAACCCUCUUCUGUGGUCUUGAUCUGGGGCUUGGCAAGAAUAACAGAGCUGCUUAGAGCUCCACAGCAAGCGCUGUGUAAAACACCUCUCUCCCUGUGCACCUGUGUGGAGGUUCUUGCUGACAGAAGUAACAUCCCACUUGCUCAGCGAAGGCUUCUCCUGUCCUUGACUUGACUUUUAGUGUCCAUGAGGCCGAGUCGGGCACUGACAGCGCGUGAGAGAGCAGAAGUUACUUUUGCUUCUGACAAGGCUGGAGCACCUUUUUAGCUGCACUCCCCUUUCUUCCUCCAGUCUCAUCCAUUUAGUGCCUUGAUCCAUUCCCUAGAGCUGAAAGGAGUCUUUUGCAGCCUGUUCCAGGUGUUGCUGAGCACCCUGCCUAGAUGGUUUUUUUUUUGUCUACUAACUGGACAAGGACUUGGGCAGGAAUGGGAAUGAAAGUAUGUUUUUGUCCCAGAUGUCCUUAUGGGGUGUUUGUGGGUUGAGAACCUUUGUUUCAUCACCAUAGCACCCCUGGGUUUAUUACCUGUCUCCUGGUUCUAGUCCUUUAACAAAGAAUGUGGUUUAAUGGUAUAAUACCAAUGAUAGAGCUGCAACAGUUCCCUGACAUAGGGCUGUGUUUUGAGCUUUCUGUUCCUGAAAUAAUAAAAGCACUGUAGGAGUCUGUUCCUUUUUUCAACCAUAAA